AGUAUCACCCGGAGUCACGGCUGUUGCCUCGUAAGACUUUAGAUGCAGCCCGCCACCGGGAGAAACUGGAGGGAAUCCGCAAUACACAGGAACCAAGAAGGGCUACGUGACAGGGGGUGCCCCGCAGCUCUCAGCCGCCGGCACUCCCAGCCCUGGGUUUCCCGCCAAUCUCAGUUCCUAGAUCUUCCCAGGCUCCGCCCGCCGCCGAGCGGUCGGAGAGUUUAAGGAAGGGGAAGUGUUGCAAGCCUAUCGAUAUCUCUGGAAUAGACUGCGCUACCCUGCGCCGCCGCCAUCAGACUCCCGCAGACUUCUCUGUAGAUCGCUGAGCGAUACUUUCGGCAGCACCUCCUUGAUUCUCAGUUUUGCUGGAGGCCGCAACCAGGCCCGCGCCGCCAACAUGUUUCGAAAUCAGUACGACAAUGAUGUCACUGUUUGGAGCCCGCAGGGCAGGAUUCAUCAAAUUGAAUAUGCAAUGGAAGCUGUUAAACAAGGUUCAGCCACAGUUGGUCUGAAAUCAAAAACUCAUGCAGUGUUGGUUGCAUUGAAAAGGGCGCAAUCAGAGCUUGCAGCUCAUCAGAAAAAAAUUCUCCAUGUUGACAACCAUAUUGGUAUCUCAAUUGCGGGGCUUACUGCUGAUGCUAGACUGUUAUGUAAUUUUAUGCGUCAGGAGUGUUUGGAUUCCAGAUUUGUAUUUGAUAGACCACUGCCUGUGUCUCGUCUUGUAUCUCUAAUUGGAAGCAAGACCCAGAUACCAACACAACGAUAUGGCCGGAGACCAUAUGGUGUUGGGCUGCUUAUUGCCGGUUAUGAUGAUAUGGGCCCUCACAUUUUCCAAACCUGUCCAUCUGCUAAUUAUUUUGACUGCAGAGCCAUGUCCAUUGGAGCCCGAUCCCAGUCAGCUCGUACUUACUUGGAGAGACAUAUGUCUGAAUUUAUGGAGUGCAAUUUAAAUGAACUAGUUAAACAUGGUCUGCGUGCCUUAAGAGAGACACUUCCUGCAGAACAGGACCUAACUACAAAGAAUGUUUCCAUUGGAAUUGUUGGUAAAGACUUGGAGUUUACAAUCUAUGAUGAUGAUGAUGUGUCUCCCUUCCUCGAAGGUCUUGAAGAAAGGCCACAGAGAAAGGCACAGCCUGCUCAACCUGCUGAUGAACCUGCAGAAAAGGCUGAUGAACCAAUGGAACAUUAAGUGAUAAGCCAGUCUAUAUAUGUAUUAUCAAAUAUGUAAGAAUAUAGGCACCACAUACUGAUGACAAUAAUCUAUACUUUGAACCAAAAGUUGCAGAGUGGUGGAAUGCUAUGUUUUAGGAAUCAGUCCAGAUGUGAGUUUUUUCCAAGCAACCUCACUGAAACCUAUAUAAUGGAAUACAUUUUUCUUUGAGAGGGUCUGUAUAAUCAUUUUCUAGAAAGUAUGGGUAUCUAUACUAAUGUUUUUAUAUGAAGAAUAUAGGUGUCUUUGUGGUUUUAAAGACAACUGUGAAAUAAAAUUGUUUCAAUGCCUGGUA